CUAAACCCUGAGACACGAUAACAGCAUCGUUGCUGUUAUUCUGCUCUCACACCUCAAUGACACUGACUAGUGUUCAGCAUUGCUUUUUUCAUACGAGAUUAUUUUCAUAGACUUUUUUUUUUUGUUACUACGCAAUUUGUAGAUUUUAUUCGUUGCCACCAUGGUGCUAGGAAAAGUGAAGAGCUUCGUAGUAAGCUACGACUGUCUAAAUGACAGUAAUGUCCCUGUUUUUUCAAGUGGGGACUCCGUCUCAGGAAGGGUAAUCAUCGAGGUGACCGGAGAGAUUCGUGUGAAAUCUCUCAAGAUCCAUGCAAAGGGAUUUGCAAAAGUUCGUUGGACAGAAUCACGAAAUGCUGGAUCCAACACUGCCUAUACUCAGAACUACACAGAAGAAGUAGAGUAUCUCAAUCACAGAGAUAUCUUAAUCGGUCACGAAAGAGAUGAUGACAACUCAGAAGAGGGUCUCACCGCCAUUCCUUCGGGAAGACACGAGUAUGCAUUUAGCUUCGAGCUUCCACAAACACCUCUGGCUACCUCCUUUGAAGGGAAACAUGGGAGUGUGCGUUACUGGGUAAAAGCAGAACUGCACAGACCAUGGCUUCUGCCGAUGAAGACGAAGAAAGAAUUCACCGUCUUUGAACACAUCGACAUCAACACUCCCCUGCUGCUGUCACCCCAGGCAGGCACAAAAGACAAAACACUCUGCUGCUGGUUCUGUACCUCAGGUCCAAUAUCCUUAAGUGCCAAGAUAGAGAGGAAAGGAUAUACUCCAGGAGAGUCCAUUCAAAUCUUCGCCGAGAUCGAGAACUGUUCUUCCCGUAUGGUUGUGCCUAAGGCAGCCAUUUACCAGACCCAGACUUUCUACGCCAAAGGGAAAAUGAAGGAGAUCAAGCAGCUGGUGGCAAACCUGCGCGGAGAGUCUCUGUCCUCGGGAAAGACCGAGACGUGGAACGGAAAGAUGCUGAAAAUCCCUCCGGUAUCCCCUUCCAUCCUGGAUUGCAGCAUUAUCCGAGUGGAGUACUCCCUCAUGGUCUAUGUAGACAUCCCAGGUGCAGUGAACCUGUCCCUCAACCUGCCUCUGGUCAUCGGAACCAUCCCCCUCCACCCUUUCGGCAGUCGGACGUCAUCUGUCAGCAGCCAGUGUAGCAUGGCUAUGAGCUGGCUAGGCCUGACUCUUCCAGAAAGACCUGAAGCCCCUCCAAGCUACUCUGAGGUUGUGACGGAGGAACAGAGACAGAGCUGUCUAGAAGUUUCUGCAGGCAGGGAGGACUACGAGAGUCCGCUGUUUGCCUACAUCCAAGAGUUCCGUUUCCAACCUCCUCCACCCUACUCAGAAAUUGAUCCAAAUCCGGAUCAGUGCAGGCGUACGGAGGAGCGCCGGCCCGACACUUGUCCAUCACGCUGAAGGACUCGACAGCUUUCGCCCGGAGCGGUCGGGCCGAGGUCACUUUUUUUCUUUCCGUUUUCUUCCCGGCGACGGUGCAACUCUUUCGCUCCGCUGUCGACGUUGAGAGAAAACGAAACCCGUGGGGAGAGAGUGAGGGAGAGAGAGAGAAAACCAAGGUGGAGGAAAGCAGAAUAUAUAUUUUUUUUUUACAGGAAUCUGCUGUCGCAUCACUUCCUGCCUGCCGACAGGGCCCGACGGACACAAAAGCUAAUCUGUGUAGGACCCUGCAGACAGCAGUUGGUCUUCGGGCUGGACCUUGGCGCCAGAGUUUCGUCUGCUUGAUCAUCACUCGCGCUUCUUUCUUUUUUCUGUAACUGUGGCACAUACUAGCGUCUGUGGCUAACGCGGAGCGGUAUACAGAGUACGUAUCAGAAAAAGAGAAAAAUAUCCCCAGAAAAAAAAAAACAAACUCUAUAACCACCAUCAACAGUACAAUGGAGAGAUACAGGCCUCCUCCUGCCUCAGUUUUGGAUUUUUGCACAUCAAUUUUUUUUUUUCCUUUUGCUUGAGUUCUGUGGCUCAGUUUAAAAAUCACUAAUUGUUUUUGUUUGUUUGUUUGUUUGUUUGUUUUCUGCCUCUCAAUAUGUUGGACUACGUCUCUCUAUUUAUCCGCACAAAUAUGAACAACGCAGAGAACAGAAAUCAAAGAAAAGAAGAAGAAAAAGACUGAAAAAAAGGACUGAUGUAAUGCACUGAUCUCAUUUAAGCUGUUCAGACAUUUUGUUUGGUUCUUUGUGAGGGUUUUUUUUUUUGUUGUUGUUGCUGUUGUUGUUGUUGUUGUUGUUCCUCGAUUGCAUUUCCUUAAGGACGCACUGCCUACAGCAGAUUUAACGCAGCAACACGCACUAAUACUGAAGGCAUUUUUUCUCAGCGUCGCCUGUUUGGACUAUUAUCCAAUCACGGCUUUCGAUUCUGUACCCGUGCGCACGUGUUUUUAAGUUUGUAGAAUGCCUUUUUUUGCCAAUAUCUGCUAGGUGUUUUUUUGUUUGUUUUCUUUGAGUGCAUGUUAUUUGGUGGAAGAGACAAGAACUUGCAACUUUUGCAUGUGUGCGCUGGGUGGAGAGAGAGAUAAAACAAGGGUGUGGACCCAUCAGGCUGCCCCCAGACCCCCAACCCCCAUGCUCGCCCCCACCCGAACAGAAUGUUGCCUUUCUAUAGCUAAACGUAGAGCAGAGCAGUCACUAUACAGUACUGCCUAGAAAAAAAAAAACCCCACCAAGACUCAGGAGACACUCUCAUUUGCCAAAUGGUUGGAAACAAAAGAAAAAAACUUAAAAAAAAAAAAAAAAAGAUAUGUACUAUGUUUCAAUUGCACUGUUUGAAAGAGUGACAGAAGGUAGCUGAGAGAGAAACUCACUUAGAGAAACACAAAAAAAGAGAGAGGAGAUGAACAGAAAACUGCCUUGCAUUUUGGGUUUUUGUAGAAAAAAAAAAAAAAAAAACGACAUUCCCUUUUUGUCCUGCUACGUGGGCAGAUUCCGUUUACCGCAACCUUUCUCCAGACCAGUGAAGCUAGACGUGAACAGAAGUAGUGGAUGAAAAAGAAAAAAAAAAAUGAACAUGGCAGGAUUUGGCCAUGAAGGCACAGAGGUUUCCUAAGCUGAGGAAACAGACGUCUCUUAAGCUUGGCAAACCCUUGGCCAGAGCCCAGACGUCUCUUGUUGACAUGAGGAAUACAUUGGUUUUAAAACUCAUUCAACACUGAAGCUAGGUCAAAGCUUGUUUCCUACAGAGCCUUAAAUGUAAAGCACUUUUUAUAUAUAUUAAAAAAAAUAAAUAAGAGAGGGGAGAGGCCUGUUCAUUUCUGGUUGAGGUCUGGAAAAAGCUUGUUAUUCCUUGGUGAUUUAAAAGAACACUGUUUUAAACAAUUUCUUCCACUCACAAGCUAUGACAAAACAAAACUCAUCUUUAUAGUUAAGCAGUGUGUGUGUGUGUGUGUGUGCGCGCGUGUGUGUGCAUGGUGUUGAGAAGGCAAGUGUGCGUGAUGUCUUAGUAGUGCUUCUAAUACAAACUUCAAACUAUUUCAAGUGGUCUUAACUGGGUGGCCUUGUGUUCAGUUCAGAGCGGAUGGUGGUCAUUGAUCUACAUACAGGACGUGACAGACAAGCUUCAUACUGUCUCUUCAGCUUGAAAAUCAUGCUCUUUGUAAAAGGGACAAAAAGGGAAAAACAGAUAGUCCUUUAAAAACGAGCAUUGACCCUUAAAUACACACUACUCUCAUUCGUUUAUGGGUUCAAUCAUAGUUUUGGUUUUAUUAUUUUUAUUGUUGUUAUUAUGGGCAUUGAAAAAAAUAUUUUUUUUCCCAGUUAGACAAGUUUCCGUGCAGUUUUGUUCAACUCCUCUCUCUUUAUUUUUGGGAUCAAUGGUUGACGUGUAGCACAGGCUUCUGGAGAAAGGGGGUUUAUCAAUCAGCAAACAGAGCUCAUUUUUCCUAACAAAAAAACGACCCUCUUUCUCUUAUGCGUUAUUAUAUUUUGUUCAUUGGUUUUUUUUUUUUCCGUUCUUGUUUUGUUGGCACUAAUCUUACGGCUUUGCAAAAUCUUUACGAUUUUGACCACAGUUAAAAGGAUAAGCUUGAAAUAUGUUUUUUUUCUUUUUUUCUUUCUUUCUUUGGAUGGUCAAUUCCACAGUCCAGAGUAAGACCUUCCAAACAGUCCAGUGUUAAAGCUAAACCCGUGACCCCCAUCAGGAAAGAAAAAAAAAUUGGGGAGGGAUCUGGUGUGUGUUUUAGAAACAAAGGUGCAAUAUUAUUUGUUU